UCAUCCCCGGCACUACCACCACCACCACAGGGAGCCAAGUGGAAAGAGAACGACAGCAAGGAGAACCACACACACAGAGAAAGACAGAGAGACAAGAGAUCCCAAGUGGAAACAAGCAACACCAACAAAAAAGAAGACGAAGCAACCAUGGCAACCUCCCACUCACCCCACAAACCCACCCCAACCCCAACCCCAACGCAAAAACCCUCAGACCCCCUCCCGCCCUCGUCAUCCUGCUUCUCCAUCCACUCCACACACGACACGACCAAGCUAGACGCCGAACCCCGCGGCCGCCUUAAGCGGCGCCGCCGCAUGUCCUCGCACUCCCCGCCAGCACCGCGUGCAACGUCCCCCUCUCGAGGCCACGACCGGGACUCGGGGAGUCGGCACCGCCACCACCACAGGAAGCACCAUCGUGCGGAUUCGUCGAGUUCCGCUACGCCGCCGCCGGGGCUCGUCGGCGGAGUGAAUAGGAGGAGGAGGAGCGAUGCGGAGCCCGAUCAUACACUGCGCGGGCGCGUGCGGAAUCGAUCGCGGAGUAGGUCCGGACGGGUGAUCUCGGAGGAAGAUGGGGAUAGCGAUGGUGGUGGUGGUGAGGACGGCACGUAUGAGAGCGAGGAAAGAGGUGUGAGGGAGAGGCGGAGGAGGAGGAGGGAUGUGCCGCCUAGUCGGGCCAGAGUGCUCGGCGAGGAUGGUCAGGCUGUCGAUAGGGAGAUGCGCCGCCAGAGGAGCUUGAGGAACAUGUAUGAGUAUAGCAAGCAUGGGAAGGCUGCGAGGAAGGAUUCGUUUGGCAUGGAUGUGCAGAGUGGCGGUUUGGACCAGGAUGAGAACAGGAGGCCGUCGUUUUGA